UGAAGCAGACGAAGCCUGUCACAUUCCCGCGCUACGAUUUGGCGCGAAAAGGCGUGUAUAGUGUUUGCCGUAGGUGUCGCGCAUAGAUGUGAACUGACGGAAGGCGACUCAUAGGUUUUGAAGUUGAGGAACAUUGGGGUGACCUGUAGAAGGCUACCAACACAACUGGCAGUGUGCAUCUACCGAAUCAAUAAUGCCCAUCCCACCUACAAGUGACAGACAGACACUUGUCAAGCAUUGCAACGCACAGGAUCGACUUUGGUUGAGCCCAAACACAAUGCUGGAGUUGGACCCGGAUGCAGAGUGGUCCCAAGAGGGGCCCUCACUCUCUAACGACAUCUGGAAGAAGUUCGAGCUGAUCCUGACACCGCCCCGCUCUCCCCUGAGAGAGACAGACAUCGACCUCCUGUCGCCCUUCCCUGGUAAAGACAUGUUCAACCUGAAGACAGAAGGUAUGGAUUUCGACAUAGACUUCGGCAACACCCUAGAGAUGCCGCUACUGGAGGAAGAUGAUCUCUACUUCGACCUCGACUCUAUAGAUCUGGAUAACAACCUGCCAUAUGACCUUCCAGGAGGUGGGCCAGUUGGCUUGCCCUGCACCCAUGGGCUAGGACGAGGCACAUGCACCAGCUGUACACAGUUGGCGCUAGCUGGCUCUGAGUUGCGACACGACUGCAUGUGGGUAGGGACUUGUACUGCCGAGGCCCACAACCACAGUCACUACCGCCGCCCCCGCAUACACAAGGACUCCGGUUCACAGAUCACAGAGCUCCUAAUGGAGUGCUCGUCAACAGUGCUGGAGGGCGCGGCGGGGUUCACACACAUCACAGACCUAGACUGUACAGACUCGGGGGACUCACAUUUGGACGUCGCGGAGACGAGUCUUCACCAACAGUUCUCCGGCAACCACAUCGCGCGGCCAGAUACACCGUCCGAGUCUUCAGAAACAGACACCGACGAGGAUAUUGACCACUACGACGACGACGACGACGAGUGUCCAAGAGGGGAGGAGCUGUACGGCGUAUGUCACGAAGAAGAAGUUUACACUAGCGAAACGCCCACGUCAUCAGGCAUCGUGCACGUCGACCACAGCUACCACUGCGUAAGAAUACCCUCGCCCACCCCCACAGCAUCGUCAUCAACUUCGCCCUCUCAUUACAACCGCUCGUCACUCCUACAUACGCCGUCAGAUUCUGAAGACGAAAUCGAUGUGGUGAGUGUUAAGAGUCCAGACCGUGCCCACACGGGCACUUCGAGAAGCACGAGCAAGAGGUACGGCGACACCACCUUCAUUGCUACUACUACCAGCGGCGGCAUGAAGAAGAUCGUAAAGGUACGCACUGGAACGCUCCCUGCCAAGCCCUCCCGGCGGAUGAGGAAGCAACUGCAGCAGGCUAUGGCAGCGGGAGUCAAAAGACGGACUAAUGGUGCCUCAGGUCACAACAGCGUUGUGCUUCUCCGGAAGGCUGGCGUUUCUACUUCAUCCCUUAAGACACCCAAGCGACUUCAGAGAAGCUUAGGGUCACGGAAACGCAGGGCCCCUAAGUCAGACUCUGACGAUCCCGAAAAGCGACAGAUGCACAAUUCACUGGAGCGCAUGAGGAGAGUGGAUCUCCGUAAUGCCUUUGAAUAUCUACGGGUGUUAGUUCCAGAGUUGAGUGAUCGCGAGAAAGCCCCCAAAGUGGAAAUCCUGAAGAAAGCAUCUGACCACUGUCACGGUGUUUCUGUAAAAGAGCAGACUCUUAUGCACGAGAAGGAACGGCAUAAGCGGUACCACAAUGACCUAAGGAAACGGUUACUUGCGUUACAGAGACAACUACGCUAAUUAAAUUGGUUUUAAACUUUUUAUUGUUAGUCAAAUUAGAUGGAGGUGGGGCAAGCCUGAGGGUAUACCCCCAGACCACAGUGGUGCCUGCAUAAGGCUUUGGUCGCACUGGUGGUCUCCCUUAAGUUGAAAUGUAGAGUAAUACGGUAUGUAAUGUGUGUGUAUUUGCGUAAGCUCGGGGCGGCUUCUCGCUUCUGGAGUGUUUACGUUACAGUUUAUAUAUUUUUUGAGUUGAGGGAGGGCAUCAGUGUGCUCUAGGCCUUUAGCUUAAUAUUUUUUUAGAAGGGGUUUAGUGUUCAAAACUAGGCCUCAGACAAGCUUGUUAUGUCCAAGGACGAGUGUAAACGUAUUAGCAGCAGCACAGCCCAAUGCAGCUUGACCUGACUUCUUUUCAUUUUAUGAAAAUAGUUAUGAAGGAUCUAAAGGGUUUAGCGACGUCUUACCCAGCAGCUGUAGUUCAAUUUUUUUGUGGACUUGUUAUUAUGGACUUCGGGGAUGUACAUGUGUACAUAAGAGAUAGGCUUAGUAGUCUAAUGUGUAAAUCAAAUGUGUGUACACAAGUUGAAUAUUAAUUAUUCUAUUUAGUAUUUAGGGUUUGGUCACGGACGUACCUUUCUUCAGCAAUCUGUGUGUGUUGUACGUGCAGGGAGCUUGUACAGUAUAGAUUACCUACCAAUUAUUUUGUGAUAUAUGUAUGAUACACUGUAUAUCUUGUAGUGGCAGGGUAGGGCAGGGCAGGGCCUGGCCGAGGGAGUUAUCUGGCUCAGGUGUAGUGAGGCGGUGUAUAUGCGCACGUCUGUGGGUACUGUCACUCUCCGUGGGUGCUGUCGCCCACACAAUGGUGUCUAGAAGAAAUUCAUUCUUGGGUGAUAUAUUUAUAGGUCAUGGAGAUAUGUUGUCUUGUGUAAAUAUUUUUGUUUUAUUGAUUUGCUACAAUUUAUAUAUUCAUGUUUUGUUCUAAUUUGAUCACACUUAACUGGUUAAUGUUGGUAAGUUAUAAUAAUUGGUUUCAAACCGAGUUACUGAUUAGCUCUAUACUUGCGCUAUUUUUAAUAUAUAAUGUAGUUACUAUGUGUGCAUUUAAAUACAUAAUUUAUGCAUUUUCCUUGAUGUCCACGUCAUGAUCAUAUUGACCCCAUAACAAAUAUGUUAAGUUUAAUGUAAAUUCCACUAAAAUAAACUUCCGGGUAUCAUAUAGCUUAGUAUGUAAAAUGCUAUUUUUUUUUAUUAUUGUUGUUAUAUGUCCAUUAUUUUAAAAGGGCAUGUAUAUGUUGCCAUUUUGUGUAGGAGAGGGUUGCAUUGCCAUGUAGGCAAGAACUACAUACCACUCGGUCUACCCUUUGUGUUGCCAUGACUAGAAUUAAGGAGAGGUAACUUGCACCGUAUCCUCCACCACCAACACACCUUCCGGAUAUAUCACACCUCAGACAUUACGUCCAUUUAAGGAGUCCCCGUUUGUUGCCAGUUUUUUUAACCCCCUGCCCUUCUCCAUUGAUAAUCAUCAUCAAAUCCUUUAUACAUCAUCCCUCGCAUAAUCAUUAUUUAUCUCCAUGCCAUACAUUUACAGUAUAUCAUCAUCAUCACUAUCGCCAUUUCAUGUGUCUUUGUCGUUGUUACCAUGUGUAAAGUUAUCGCGUGUGUUAUGUGUUCUCAUUCAUCUGACUUACACACUUUUCAUUCAUUGUUGUUACAUUCAUUCUCAUUUUCAUCAUUCUUUAUAGUAUAUUUUCCCUUUUCUUCCUCCUCCUCCCUGUCACUUAAAAAGACGCAGUGGAUGUUCCUCAUAUUUACAUCCACUCCCACCAUCAUUCCUCGCAUUGAAAGUUAGUUAAUCAAGCCCACAGCUCCAAACUGUCCUAAUUAUUAACCAAGAGCCAGUAGUUGAGAAGUUUGCAACGUGAAUGUAUCAUUAUGUUUCGUCUCACCAAAGGGUUAGAGAAUAUCCCGAGUUUUGUUUAUAAUCUGGGGGGCAAGUGUGAUCUUGCUGCACGAAAGGGCAUUAUACCUUUUGUUAAGCUGUAGUACAUCAUUAGUUAAAUGAACGACCUUUUUAUUUUUCAGUCUCGGUAGAUCACGUAUUUGUUUUUGUGUACGAGGCUGUCUUUUAAAUGCCUUUUCAAUUUUAUUUGCCAUUGAAAUUGUUUAUCACUGGUAAAUGUAUACAUUUCAUGUAUUGUAUAUUUGGUAUUUAGAUGUUUUAUUUGACUUUUUUUACCACUAGUUAUUAUGUAUAGUAUACAAUGUACAGCAGAUGUGUUGUGAGGAAUAUGGGCCGGGCACUGUCAAAGAUUUUGUUGCUGUACCUUUAGGAAUAAAAGUACUCAAAACAGUGGUAGAUAGAUAGAUAAAUGCUUUACACCACCGUCCCCAACUCUCCCUUCUCAGGCACUGGCUCUCUCACUUGCUUCGUCAAGAGCAGGAGUAUAAUCAUCACUGUUUUUGCUAUUUGCUCUUCAGUAUGCCAUAUUAAGUAUUCGUGUGAGCAAGUACCAGAGCAUAAUUCAGAAUUUGUUCCGUUCCUUUCACUAACCGUUUUUUAGGUACAGUAAGCGUGACUUGCAUUUAAUUUAUCGUGAAUGGACACCAGCAAAAUUGUAAAUAUCUCUUAAUAUUUUAAAUUGAAAAGUGUAAGGUCAAAGCUACUGCAUCUGAUGAGUUAAUUGAGUCGACCAAAUCCUAAUCAAGGAGCCAGUGGCUAUAAAUCA